AUGGACACGCCUCCGCGGCAGAAAUCGCCGACAAGAAGGUCAGUUAUUUUUUUCUGUUUUCUGUAAGAUUUUUUACAUUUCCCAGCUCAGAAUAAGAACAAAAUAUGCAAUUUCACUUUUUCGAUAUUUCAUACCCAAUAAAUACCGAUCCAAAAUAAAUCCUGAAAGAUAGAAUAUCACAUAAACUGACCAAAUAGGUCACUUGUUGCUACGAAAACUCACUUUUUGAUAGGAUGGGAAAAUAAAACUCAAGUUUGUAUUUUUGAAAAUACUCAACCGUCGGAAAACUUUGAAUUUCUCGAUUUCGAAGUGACCAAAUCAAAUUUUUUUUAAUUCAGGCAACCGACGCCCCGGUUCUUGGACAACAUCCGGACGCAUCUCAACUUCAAAACUCCGCCGGUUCGUUCGGCACACUCUCCAAGAUUCACCGAUGAGGAGCUCGAUGCUCUGACCAGCAACUUGUGAGUUCCUUCAAAACUUCUUACGCAAGAUUUAUGUUUCAGCGGUUCCAAUUAAAAACUGCCGAAAAAAAGAUUUCUAAGUAGGAUGGCAGAUAAAAAUGAUGAAAAUGCUUUUUUUUCAAUUUCUAUAUUAUAUUUAUUACCUUUUUUUGAAGACACUGUACCGCGCCUAAAUAUUUGGGAAAAAAAUACAAAUCAUACUUAGAACUGCACUUUCCUCAAAAAUAUGUCCUCCCAAGCUAACAACACAAUCAAAACCAAGGACUCUCUAAGAGGAACUUAGGCACUUGAGUGGUGUUAGACGACAAGAUUAAUAGAAGGGAUAAGUACCGGAAACGGCAGAAAAUGAGCCGGCCGAGCCGAGAGUGAGCAAGAGAGUCGCAGAGAACUGACCUCAUCUCAAAGCGUCGCUUGGACCACAUGCUGCGUACCGGCGUGGUGACCUUCCCGACCGUCUCCAACUUCCUUCUCGACAUUCUUUUGCGCUUUUGAUUUUUUUGUCCAUACUCUCUUUUUCCCGCAAAAAAUGUCAAGAGAAAGCCGCUUUCUUCAGUUUGCGAAAUGAUCGCGCGUAAAGUUCGAAUUUGAACGUUGGAUGCAUUUUCAAGAACCUUUUCUUACUUCAAAUGACAUUAUUUUCAUUUUUGUGAUGAGUUUUCGUAUUUUCAACUUCAAAAAAUGAACGGGCCAUAACAUUUCAAAAUUUUUCAAUUUUCUGCGGUAUCUUUAUGGAAGAUUUUGUUACGGAACCCCCUCAUAUUAAUCUGAAAUUUUAUUGAAACAUCUUUUCCGCUAUUUUAAGCUCAAAUUUCAGGCCCUACCAGACCAACUACACCUACGCCUUCAGCAAGAUUUACGAUCCAAGUCUGCCAGAUCACUGGGAAGUACCUAACUUGGGUCCUCUCACUAUCAAAACUGAGCAGCACUACGCUGCCGCAAGCAUCUCUCGUCAGGUACCUUUUUUUUCGAAAUUUAAUAAACAUUUCUGAAUUUUUAGGUUUUCGACGUCGUUUGCUAUUAUCUCUCCGUUUUGCUGACGCCCUUCUACAUCCUAGUCCAAUUCCUGAACGAAAAUUUGCUGGUUCUGUUCUACGACCUUUGGCUAUUCCUCACUUACUUGCCUGUCACCCUUUAUCGCAGCGUUUCUAGUGGUUAGUCAACUUGCAAAUUCAGUCGUUUUUGUUGCUUAGCGCAAACCGUUUUAGGUCGGUUGCACUCUGAAACGUUUAAAAUACGCAAAGCUAUUUCAACCUUAAGGCAAAUAUGCCUCUGCAUUAUUUUUCUAGAAUUCUUCAGGCACGUUUUUUGCAGCUUGGAGCAACUAUUGGAACGUUCGAACUUACCAGCAGCGCCGUUCUCAAUCCAUCUUCAAGCGAAUUCUGAUCAUCUUCUAUCACUUUUUCGCGAACAUCGGCAAUUUCACGACCUCUGUCUUGUUAGCGAUUUUUGGACCGGCAGGUUUGUAUAUAGUUCACUUGCCGCUGGCUCGAGUUAAACCACCUACAAACGUUCGCUUGAAUUUUCUGAGCGCGUGGAGGUCGCUUCUCCAAUUUCCAACCAGUUUCUCGAUCAGGACUUUUUGUAUCAUUCCACCUUUGUACUUGAUUCGAUUUAGAGUAACUUUUUUUUCGAGAAGGUUCAAUGGAAACAUUGAAAAAAUUACAUAGGAAUUUAUGAACGCAUCGAAAUGAUUAAAUGAAGCUGAUUUCAUAAUUUUUGGUGAGAUAGGGAUGAAUAUAACAAAAAAAUUCAGGAAAAACCAAACUGUAAUUUCAGUUUCGUCCUUCGAAUACAGCGAAGAUCAGGAAAAACGACGAAUUCGAAGAAUCUGGAAAGGAAAGCUAUAUGAACACCCGUUCGUCUCGUAGCAAUGCUGUUGGUUUUUUUUUUUUUAAAUAUAUUUGUAGCCUACUUGAUUCAAAAAUUUAUGAAAAAGCUUUCAAUUCAAACCGCAGCGCGCUGCCCCGUUUACUCGCGACCAAAAAUGUCCUGAAUCACGCCAACUGAACUCAAAAUUCAUAAUAAAUAGGGAUAUACACGAAAACAAGAAAAGCUCUUUUUCAAACAAAACCGUGUCAGAUUCACUCAGAUUCAAAUAAUUAAUUUUCAGAAUAACGACAUCGCUUUCCGACGAGGCCGAAUCACCGCUGAGCCUUCUCUGUCUCCUCCUCGCACAAGGAUGCCUACUGCUCGGUAUGCUGCUCGUUCUGAACUUGCUGGACCAAGUCACGACGUGACUCCGGAUCGUGAAGCAACGCCUCCUUCUGUUCGACGCACAACUGCUUCCGAAGGCUAUCAGAGAAGAAGUUCUCGUGUCCGGACUGUUGCUGACACCUGGGACUAUGAAGAUAUCACGCGGACUCCAAAACGCAGGACGCCGACGCCCACUAGGAAUCGCAAACCGAGACGGUAGGAUACACGUUUUCUUUGUUUUCAAUGUGGGCUCAUGAUUUUUUAGCUUAUAGUUUGUUCAUGAAGGCUUGGAAUAUAAUUUGGAAUCACAGGGCUAAGGUUUAAUCUCAUGCUUACCAUAAUUAUUUUCUUCGUUCUAAUAAAGAAAAUUGAAUGAUGAAAGAAGUAGAGAUCAAAAAGUAAUGUACGAUUAUUUUUGAUUUUUUUUCAAAUAAAUGGAACAAAUUUAUUUAUUCAUCAUCUAACCAAAAAAGACAGAAGGUCUAACCACCUAAUUUCUUCCUUUUAGCCUCGAUAUGAACGUUUUUGAAAACGGGGAAGAUUCCAAUGACCUGUACAGCAACACGAAAUACCACACGGAGAACGAAGAAAACGAGAAAAUCGAGCAAGAAAGCAACUUUUUCGACGACAUCCUGAGUCUUUUCAGCUGGAUCCCGCCAUUGGUAAGAAAAAACUGACUUUUGGGUAUUAUCUAAAAAUUUAUUUGCAGUUGUGGAGAGUGUUCCGAGGAUUGGUCUACUGUUUCACGAUUCCUUUCUUUGCCGCUCAACACGCUGUCAGCGCUGCUUACAGUACAAUCCAGAAAGCGUGAGUUUGUAUAUAAAGUUUUCAGAACACGGUCGCAUGAAAAAUGGCUUGAAGCAAAAAAAUAAAAUGCUCUUUAUCUUGAAAUGACCAUCUCAAUCUUUGAGACUGGCGAAAACUUCGAAGAGAUUUCCAAAAGCACCACCGCAAUGCAUCAAACCAUUUCAAAUGCGACCAGAAUAUUUGAUUUUGAACAUUAAAGUCCCAUAUGAAAUUUUUAGAUUCCAUACUGAAGAGGAAGAAGAAUACGCCCCCAGCGGCCAUGGAUACAAUUUGAGAUCCUCCAACCAAAAAGUAAUCACCUUAUUAUAUAAAUUCAAAUGAUUUUUUUCGCAUUCUAGACAUGACAAAGGACUCGCCAACACCCUUUGGUCCUACCUCUCCGCUCCAUUCGACUUUAUUUCCAACUUGUUCUCUUCCGAAGGCACUUAUGUGUCUCAUGGUAACCGAAGAACUUCGAAAAAAGGGUCCCCGCUUCGUCUUUGGUGGCUCCUGCCUCUGCUUUUGCUGCUUCUCGUCCUAUUUUUCCCGAAAUUCCAGCAGAAUCGAGGUAUAAAUUUGUCGGAAUGAAAUAAUCAAGGCUCCAAUAAGUUUAGCUUUGUUUUCAUAUCUCCUUUUUCAGAUCCUCUGGCGCCAGGAAUCGUGGAUGAACUUCAAGAAAAAGCUGAAAACGCCUACUACACAGCUGCUGUAAAGUCUCAAGCAAAAGUCGAAAAUUGGAUUCACGAUGCUUCGGGAUCUGGUAACUCAAAAACUUCUUUUUACGCAAAAACUCUUAGUAUUUCUAGCCAAAACGGUCAUGUGGAAAAGUCUCGAUGGAAUCGCUUAUUAUACUGCAGAAGUAGCUGGAUUCUUCGCCGACAUGUUCACUUCCAUCAGGGACGCUAUUUACAGAACUUGUAAGCUAUUUUGCAUUUUGAUUUUUGAAAAAUCCUUUUUCAGGGCUCUACCUCACUGGAUUUGUUUGGGGAUUUGUCAAGUCUAUGGGCGAGACCUUCAUAGAUCGUUACUUUGAUGCUCUGUUUUCCAUCAAAAAAACCAUCUAUAGAUAUUUUAGUGAGAAGAUUUUUUAUUUGAACGCUUUUAUUUUAGUAUUUUUUCAGUUCUACCGAUCUACAGAUUGAGCACCAGGCUUUGCAUAAUAAUUGAAAGCACUCGUGAGUUUUUUUUUUCUCUUCUCAGAAACACAACCUGAAGUUUGAGGAAGAAAGAUUCGAAGAAAAAAAGAGUUACAGACCUAAUAAAACUUAGUUCUCUAUAACUUAUUCUGACUGUUAUUUGAUCUUGCUAGGUUGCGCCACUAGGUUCUGGUUGCGCGCAAGUUUAAUCAAAAUUUUGAACCAAUAAAAAUGUGACAAUCCGAAAAAAAAAGUUUUUUUUUUACAUCGGACGAGCUAUUCAAUUUUUAGCAUCCGUCAUCUACGAAAUCGUCAGGUAUAUCGUGAAUGCCCUCCUUGAAAUGAGUUAGUUCGAUUAUUCGUUCAGAAAAUUAAAAGAGUUUUAAAUUUCAGUAGAAAUAAUUGGCAGCGCCCUUGUGGAUGUACUGCGCGAGGUGUUGAUUUUUAUCAAGCAGGGACUGCGAUUUCUAUUGAAGGCUAGCAAGAGUUUUAUCAAUAUUUGUAAGUGGGUUAUCGUCAAAUUUUCCGACCUUGUAAGACGAGUUGGGUAAGGGUAAAGCGUGAUAAAAUGUAGAACAAAAUAAUCAUUUUUAUGCUUUUAUUCGUUCGACGGAAUACUUACAAUCUCAAAAAUCUGAAAAACUGUCAAAAAAGGAAUAAAAGGAAGCUGGUGCCCGCCAAAAACCGCGCCGCACACGUAACGCUUUCCCCUUUCCAAUUAACCCAUCUCGCCUUUCAAGUCGGGAAGGACAGACUAUAAUAGAGAAAUUGGUGAAGAAAUUGAAUUUCCAGACACUUCCACCUUUUCGACAGUCGUGGAUUUGCUUCAAAUUUGUAUCGAAAAUAUUUACAAGAAUCUUCACUACGCUUGGGCAAAUCUCCCAUCGGUAAAUUCAUCUUUUUAGUAGACUAAAAUAGGAUAAUUUCAGCUGCAAAAUGUGACUAACUGGGUUCCUUCGAUUGCUAAAACCCUCAAUGAUACCAUGCAAACGGUUAUUGAACACGUUCCAGUCCCAGAAGUCAUUUCGAGAGUCAGAAGCGUUGAAGAGGUGAGCAAUACAAGAGAAAUUUUAUUGCGAAAUUUGCUAGACAUCGACUAAACCUUUCCCUUAGCUUGAAAACUUUCUCAAAAAGUAGCGGAAAAAAAAUAAUAUUCUCCUUUUAUUUUUCAGGGAGAAGAAGAAGACGGAGUAGUGCCGGUCCUUCCCCUAUCCAUUCCGAACAUCCAUCCAAACCGAGCUCCUGAACCAGUUCCUAUUGAUCAAGCGGCUAUUGUAGCUAAUGUCAUGGCAAAGGUAAAUUAACAAAAUUUUUUUUUAGAAAGUAUGAGAUUUUUUUAAGGUCCGAGAAGAGAUGAAGCUUAAGCUCAAGUCUUUUGAGGAGUCUUAUGAGACGAUUAUUGCAAAGUUGAACUCUCAGAAUCUGGAGAUCAAGGUGUGUUUCCCACUAGGAUGGUUUUAAAAUCUAAAAAUAUACUGCUUUGGAAGCGGCCGCGGUACUUUUUGUGCGCCCGACCCCAAACUAGUCACGCAAAAUAGAAAUUAAAUUUCAGGCCGAUUAUUCUCAGCUGGAAUCAAUGGUCAGACAGAUGAUUCUAGAAUAUGAUGCUGACAAAACUGGCAAAGUUGAUUUUGCUCUGGAGAGUUCAGGUAGAAGCUGCUGAAAAUGUAUUUACUGAGACAAAAUUUUUCAGGUGCAUCUGUAUUGACGACUCGCUGCAGUGAGACCUUUAAUACUCACACCAGACUGGAGAAAAUCUGGAAUAUCCCGCUCUGGUACACUUCUUACGGUCCAAGAACCGUGAUUCAGGUAUUAUCUAGGAAAAAAUCAGAAAAAUUCAAAACUUCUUCAGCGCAACUCAAAGACGCUGUUCCCUGGGGAAUGCUGGAGCUUCAAGGGAGAUCGAGGCUACAUCGCAAUUGAUCUUUCUCAUGAGAUCGAGCUUUCCAGCAUCAGCUAUGAACAUAUUGGUUAGCAUUAUCCAUUUUCUGAAAAAUCGAGAAUUUUUCAGGAAAGGACGUUGCCCCCAAUGGCGUUCGCUCAAGCGCGCCGCGUAACUUCAAGAUUUGGGCAAGUUUUUUGACGUCAUUUUGAACAAACUAAAGCUAAUGCGAUUCGAAAAAGAUAACUUUGACGCGCGAGAAGCGGUUUUUCUUGUUAGAGAUAUAUAGUUCAUUUUGACUGUGACAAUACAGUAGCGCUCAGAAAAGAUUGGCCGAAAAUUUGGCUCGUUGGCUUUUUUCGCAUAAAUUAAGCCUAGCCGAAAGCUGAGAAAUGUCCCGAGUUCUAACAGGAAAAGCAAAUUACUACUUUCUGAAGUUACAAAAGUUUUUUCGCAAAUUUUUUUCUCCAAAGGAGCCUAAAAAUAUUCUGGAAGUUUGAAAAUUUCCGAAAUCGCAAUCAAGCAAAGCUUUUCAGGCCUACAAGGAUGUGGACGACAUGUCAACUAGAGUCGAAGUCGGCGAUUACACUUACGAACUCGACGGCCCUCCUCUUCAGUUCUUCUUUGCUCAGGUGUAUAAAAUUAUUCUUUUGUGUGAAUUAAUGAUUUUUUUUUAGAAUCAACCGGACUACCCGGUGAAAAAUACUCGAAAUGGAGGUCACGAGCAACUACGGAGAGCGCUACACUUGCCUCUACAGACUCAGGGUCCAUGGAAAAGCUCUCUCUGCUCCUUAAAUAUUCUUAAACUUUUUUGA